AUGUGUUAUAAAACAUAUCAUACAGAGAUCGAAUGCCCUGCAUUGAAGGCUCCAGAGAACGGAUCUGUGGAUGAUGGAGACAAUCUGCCAGGAACCAUAGCAAAGUACACCUGUGACUAUGGAUUCAAGUUGGUGGGAUCCAACAAGAGACUCUGUCAGAAUUACGGCAGCUGGGCUGGGGAGGCACCUAUCUGCGAACAGAUCGAAUGCCCUGUAUUGAAGGCUCCAGAGAACGGAUCUGUGGAUGAUGGAGACAAUCUGCCAGGAACCAUAGCAAAAUACACCUGUGACUACUACGGAUUCAGAUUGGUGGGAUCCAACAAGAGACUCUGUCAGAAGUACGGCAGCUGGGCUGGGGAGGCACCUAUCUGCGAACAGAUCGAAUGCCCUGCAUUGAAGGCUCCAGAGAACGGAUCUGUGGAUGAUGGAGACAAUCUGCCAGGAACCAUAGCAAAGUACACCUGUGACUAUGGAUUCAAGUUGGUGGGAUCCAGCAAGAGACUCUGUCAGAAUUAUGGCAGCUGGGCUGGAGAGGCACCUAUCUGCGAACAGAUCGAAUGCCCUGUAUUGAAGGCUCCAGAGAACGGCUCUGUGGAUGAUGGAGACAAUCUGCCAGGAACCAUAGCAAAGUACACCUGUGACUAUGGAUUCAAGUUGGUGGGAUCCAGCAAGAGACUCUGUCAGAAUUAUGGCAACUGGGCUGGGGAGGCACCUAUCUGCGAACAGAUCGGAUGCCCUGCAUUGAAGGCUCCAGAGAACGGAUCUGUGGAUGAUGGAGACAAUCUGCCAGGAACCAUAGCAAAGUACACCUGUGACUAUGGAUUCAAGUUGGUGGGAUCCAGCAAGAGACUCUGUCAGAAUUAUGGCAGCUGGGCUGGAGAGGCACCUAUCUGCGAACAGAUCGAAUGCCCUGCAUUGAAGGCUCCAGAGAACGGAUCUGUGGAUGAUGGAGACAAUCUGCCAGGAACCAUAGCAAAGUACACUUGUGACUAUGGAUUCAAGUUGGUAGGAUCCAGCAAGAGACUCUGUCAGAAUUACGGCAGCUGGGCUGGGGAGGCACCUAUCUGCGAACAGAUCGAAUGCCCUGUAUUGAAGGCUCCAGAGAACGGAUCUGUGGAUGAUGGAGACAAUCUGCCAGGAACCAUAGCAAAAUACACCUGUGACUACUACGGAUUCAGAUUGGUGGGAUCCAACAAGAGACUCUGUCAGAAGUACGGCAGCUGGGCUGGGGAAGCACCUAUCUGCAAACAGAUCGAAUGCCCUGCAUUGAAGGCUCCAGAGAACGGAUCUGUGGAUGAUGGAGACAAUCUGCCAGGAACCAUAGCAAAGUACACCUGUUACUAUGGAUUCAAGUUGGUGGGAUCCAGCAAGAGACUCUGUCAGAAUUAUGGUAGCUGGGCUGGGGAAGUACCUAUCUGCGAACAGAUCGAAUGCCCUGCAUUGAAGGAUCCAGAGAACGGAUCUGUGGAUGAUGGAGACAAUCUGCCAGGAACCAUAGCAAAGUACACCUGUGAUUAUGGAUUCAAGUUGGUGGGAUCUAGCAAGAGACUCUGUCAGAAUUACGGCAGCUGGACUAGGGAGGCACCUGUCUGCGAACAGAUCGAAUGCCCUGCAUUGAAGGAUCCAGAGAACGGAUCUGUGGAUGAUGGAGACAAUCUGCCAGGAACCAUAGCAAAGUACACCUGUGACUAUGGAUUCAAGUUGGUGGGAUCCAGCCAUAGACUCUGUCAGAAUUACGGUAGCUGGACUAGGGAGGUACCUAUCUGCAACAAACAUAUCGAAUGCCCUGUAUUGAAGGAUCCAGAGAACGGAUCUGUGGAUGAUGGAGACAAUCUGCCAGGAACCAUAGCAAAGUACACCUGUGACUAUGGAUUCAAGUUGGUGGGAUCCAGCCAUAGACUCUGUCAGAAUUACGGUAGCUGGACUAGGGAGGUACCUAUCUGCAACAAACAUAUCGAAUGCCCUGCAUUGAAGGAUCCAGAGAACGGAUCUGUGGAUGAUGGAGACAAUCUGCCAGGAACCAUAGCAAAGUACACUUGUGACGAUGGAUUCAAGUUGGUGGGAUCCAGCAAGAGACUCUGUCAGAAUUAUGGCAGCUGGACUAGGGAGGCACCUAUCUGCAAAGCUAUCAUCUGUCCUAAGCUGGAUGACCCUGAGGAUGGUCAGGUGACAGUCACUGAUCUAACUCCGUCCUCUACUGCCGAAUAUUCCUGUAACCAUGGAUUCAAGUCGUUUGGAACGGCUUGGAGGAAGUGCCAGGCCAACGGAGAAUGGUCUGGAAAAGCACCUACUUGUAAACGUGUGGAGUGUGACCGUCCACCCAAGCCAAGCUACGGACUUGUCAAGUUCUGGACCACUACACCUGGUUCCAAAGCAUUCUACGGCUGUUUUAAUGGCUACCAGCUGAGUGGUUAUGCAGUCCGAUUUUGCCAGGGUAACGGUUACUGGUCUGGACGCACUCCAUCAUGUAGGAAGAGGCAUUAUUAGGAGUCGCAAUCUACUGAACCACAUCUAAGAACUUUAAGAACAUGGUAUAUAAUAUAUAGGCUUAGCUAUAAACUAGUAAUUUGCUGUAUGAAAAACUGCAGUGAAAGUUCAUGAAGCUGAUUGUAAA